CUGCGCGCGCGCAUCUGUACCUCUUGGCGAUUAUCCCGAUGCUAUCUCAUAAGCCCACCGAUCUAUUUUACGUUCUCGUGCGAAAAAAAAACUUAGGUGUAUUCAUUCAAUUAUGUACAUCGUUUUUGAAAGACCGCGCAAACGAAUGCCAGUGAAAUAAUAAAAAUGAAACGGCAAAUUUAUAUUUUUGUGUUAGUGUUAAUUUUUGCGACAUGCACGGAUCUCACGAAAAGAGAUAAGUUCAGAAAGCGAAACACUAUUAUAAAAGCGAACGGAAAUUUCACGCCGAGGUGCCCUUACGACAAUACCGUUUUGAGACACAAUAAUGAUACGUUGCGACAGUUGGUCGUCUCAUCUAAGUACAUUUUCACAGGGAAAAUCUCAAGUGUGCAAAAACGGAAACGGGGUAAAGUAAAAGGCAGUGUUUUUAAAGUUUAUAUCAGGAGAGUUUUGAAAGGCGACGUGGAUUUUUUGAGCGAUAUUUUAAAUUUUGAAACGAGAACGUUUAAUUCUUCGAACAGAGCGUAUAUAUUGGCCGAAAGUAGGUCAUUGAAGCCACGAUGCGCCGGCGUCGUCCGAAGAGGAGCAGCAUUGUUCUUCAGUAGAGAAUUCUCUUAUCCACUGAAGUUACUCGUGGAUCCAGUUCCGUCUAAUAUUGACACUGUAAGGAAGAUAAAGUCAAUUAUCAAAGGUAUGGUCUUCACAAGGACGGGUGAGAUAUCUCUAUAA